AUGUAUGUGAAAUGCUUUGAAACAGCAAUGUUUUACUAUGUUAUAUUUGUUUUAAAAAAAAACUUAAUUUUUUAAAACUUUCAAAUUUGCCGCUGGUUCCGGCGCCCGUACGUCCCGAUGUCACAGGGACCGGAACACAGAAGCCGGAUGCCGGCAUCCGCCGGAGGAGAUGGCCGGGGACGCUGCAGGAGGGACAUCGCGGGAGCGAAGGACAAGGUAAGUGAAGAACAGAUCCUGGAGCAGCACCGCAUGGUAAGCCCGAGUGUAGCUCGGGGUUACCACUUGUGGUACUGAAACUUUACCCCGAGCUACACUCGGGAAUACCACCAGGGAGGUUAA